AUGGACUCGGACAGUAGCGACACCCAGAGGGUCUACGACCAGACUCCUACGAACGGUCUUGAGCACGAUGAUUCUGACUGGGCGCUGAAGCCCAAUAUCGCCGCUUUCAAGCAACGCGCCAAAACAUCAGGCUUCCCUGACCGUGAGCUUGGUGUGACUUGGCAAAACUUGAACGUUAAAGUCAUCGCAGCCGAUGCGGCUGUCCACGAAAACGUUGUCUCCCAGUUCAACAUCCCAACACUCAUCCAAGAGUCCCGGCACAAACCUCCUCUAAAGGCCAUCAUCAAUAAUAGCCAUGGUUGCGUCAAGCCCGGAGAGAUGCUACUCGUCCUCGGUCGACCCGGCUCUGGAUGCACGACGCUCCUCAACAUGAUUGCUAAUAAGCGACGAGGAUACGCCACUGUCUCUGGCGAUGUUCACUAUGGAUCUAUGUCUACUAAGGAGGCCCAGAACUAUAGGGGCCAGAUCGUGAUGAACACCGAAGAGGAAUUAUUCUUUCUAUUCCUUACUAUUAGAUAA